AUUGUUGCAUGAAUCUGAGCAACUGGUAAACACAGUGCAGAUUCUACGUUUGGAUACAAAGAGAGGCAGCAGAGCAAACCAUCUACAUCGAAGAAGACAUGGCCACUGCCAGCAGCUUCCUGUCUGAAGAUCAGUUCUUGUGCUCCAUCUGUCUGGAUGUUUUCACCGAGCCCGUUUCUGUUCCAUGUGGACACAACUUCUGCAAGGCCUGUAUCAGCACACACUGGAAGGACAAAGUGCAGUGUCAGUGUCCACUGUGUAAAGAGACAUUCGACAAAGGGCUCAAACUUUGUGUUAACACAGGAUUCAGGGAGGUUGUUGACAAUUUCAAGCAACAUUAUGUGACAGCUAAAAAUGAUUCCCCAGUCAAACCAGGAGAGGUGCCAUGUGACAUUUGCCUUGGCAUCAAGUUCAAAGCCCAUAAAACAUGCUUGGUCUGUUUGACCUCUUAUUGCAAGACACAUCUCGAGCCUCAUGAGAGAGUUGCUGCCUUAAUAAGGCAUGAAUUGACUGAUCCCUUGCAGAAUCUGGAGGACAAAAUAUGCAAGAAACAUAACAGGAUUUUAGGGCUCCACUGCAGAGAUGACCUGACACCUGUUUGUGUCCUGUGUUCAGAACAUAGGGCACAUAAUACAAUCCUUUCAGAGGAAGAUUAUGAAGACAACAACGUUCAAACAGAGAAGCAAAAGUCGGAAAUUCAGGUAAUAAAACUGAAGCGACCUAAGAAGGCUCAGAAGAGAAAAGUAGCAGGACAGACCAAGGUGAAAGACAAGGCAGUCACAAACAGUGUUGUGUCUAAUCAGCUGCAAGCCCCUAAAAAAGGCCCUAAUUCAAUACAACUCAAUGGAUAUUCCUGUGACCCUGCAGUCAGGAACCCCUUUGAGGGGAGAUUCUACAUGGAGGUUCAGACCGCAUGGAAGACUGGCUGGCAUUUAGGAGUAGUCCAAUGUGCGAUGUGUGAGAAGAAGACAUUCAAACCUAACUUCAGGAAUAGAAAUUUCAACUUCAGCUUCAGGAAUAACACCAACUGCAGGGCUUUACAUAACAUCAUCGCUGUCAUCCCUGUGUUUGUAGGUUAUGAGAAAGAAUUGGUGUACAUCUGUGAUGCAGACACAGAGAAUGUGAUCUACACUUUUAUUAGCCACGGAAUCAAUGACAGCAUCACCCUAUUCUUUAGCCCUGGUAUUACUGAAUACUGUAUAAAUUAUAUCACUCUUGUACCCUCACAAAAGCAAAAACAGGGUAUAAAGGAUAUUCUGGCUUUAUGUUCAGAUAACUUUGGUGUUUGUCUAAUACUUGUCUUUUUCGUUACCGUUGCCAUUGCCAUUGCCUUCACCAUUGUCAAUGAAUAGUCAACAUGGUUUAAAUAGAUGACAAUGAAAUCUGAAUCUAGUCAACUCUCACCAUGAAAAGUCCAGCUCAUGCAUAUUUCAUAAAACUGGGUUGUGUGACUAGAAAUAAUGAAUUUCUCCAUCAGUAAUGGCUUUUUGAUAUUUUUUAGAGAUGAUGUGGCAUGUUUAUACUUGUAGAGGCAGGAAGAGCUCAAA